AAUCCAGCCAUCUUGUGGGGCUCACCAUUGAUUUUGUAAACACACACACACACACACACACACUCACACACAUACACACACACAGAGGCUGCACAGGGGUGAUUUAGAAAUGAUUCUAACAUGUUCAAUAUCUGAGUGGAGGGAUGAUGCCAAGUGUAGGUUUCUUCAAGUCUUGACCCACGUGAUCCACCAAAUAAUUAAUUCAGCUCGUCCCUUAAGAAACACGGCGUCGUCAUUAAUUUGCCAAGCAAAGGAGUCUAUCAGACUUGAAAACUGAAGAGAUCCCUAGAAUAUUAUAUACAAAGAGAGCACUCUGUAUACCACUCUCCUACUGUCUCUUCUUUGAUAGAGGAAGAAAAGAGAUCUUUUGGUAGCUAUUGUUCAUUCCGGAGCAGAAAGAAUAAAUUAGUGUUUUAUCAGAAGAAAGACAGGCACAAAACGUGGGCAGAAUAUAAUAUACCCUAAUAUACGGUUGAUUGGAAUAAGAAAAAACGUAAAUGCUCAUUGAUAAGGGUGCAAAACCCCUAAUAUUCAGAGAAACCAAGAUGCAGAAAACGGCUUAUUAUGAAAAUUCAGGACUUUUUGGGGGAUAUACUUAUGCCAAACCAGAGUCUUACAGCUACACUUCAAACCACCAGUCCUAUUCCCAAUCUGCUCUGGAGAAUGAUUACCCCAGCUCGGCCUGUUCAAUCCAGCCAUCUGCAAUCAGAGCUCAGACCCAGAAACCCAGUGAUCUCAAUGGCAGCUGCAUGAGGACAUCAACAAAUCAGAAUGCAAAUCAGACCCCCAGCAUCAGUGACCAGCCCCACCAAGCACCAUCUCUCCCCCCCUCCUCACCUAGCCAUGGCAACACCUCAACUCAAAAGAAGGGCAAAUCUAAUUCAUCAGGCACCUCCCAAGCUACUAUGAGUAAACAAAUUUUUCCAUGGAUGAAGGAAUCGAGGCAAAACUCCAAACAGAAAAAUGUGGCCACCCCUCCAGCUGGAGAAAACUGCGAGGAGAAGAGUCCCACUGGACCUUCCUCAAAGAGAGUCCGCACCGCGUACACUAGCGCCCAGCUGGUCGAACUGGAGAAAGAGUUCCACUUCAACCGCUACCUGUGCCGGCCCCGCAGGGUGGAGAUGGCCAACUUACUAAACCUCACAGAACGCCAGAUCAAAAUCUGGUUCCAGAACCGGAGGAUGAAGUACAAGAAGGACCAGAAAGCCAAGGGGAUCAUGCACUCUCCAGCAGGCCAGUCCCCAGACCGCAGCCCACCUCUGAGCGCCUCCAACCAUGUGGGCUACUCCAGCCAACUGCCCACAGUCAACAGCCUAAGCUAUGAUGCCCCAUCACCAACUUCAUUUGCUAAAUCCCAGCAGAACAUGUAUGGCUUGGCAGCAUACACUGCCCCUCUCAGCAGUUGUCUGCCUCAGCAAAAGAGGUACCCAGGGGCAGAGUAUGACCACCACAGCAUGCAGAGUAACAGUGGCUUUGCCAACCCCAAUUUGCAGGGCAGCCCUGUGUAUGUUGGAGGGAACUUUGUUGAUUCAAUGCCAGCCUCUGGUCCAAUGUUCAAUGUUGGACACCUCUCCCACCCAUCAUCUGCCAGUGUGGACUACAGCUGUGCUGCCCAGAUCCCAGGCAAUCACCACCAUGGGCCCUGUGACCCUCACCCCACAUACACAGACCUCACCUCCCAUCAUACCACUCAGGGCAGAAUGCAGGAGGCUCCCAAACUCACGCAUUUGUAACUAAAACUGCUGGAUGAAGAUACAGGCAGAAAGAAGGGAAGGAAAAAAAAAAGUACUUCUUUAAAUUACCUCACUUUUUUUGGGUCAGAAAGAAAUUGUUAAUGUACCUUACUCUGAGAGUGCCAACAGUUUAAAGGGGUAUUUUAUUUAUGGCCAACUUCAUUCCUGUUUGAAACUCCCAACAAGACAAUGAGGAAAAAUAAAAAAAGACAAUAUUUUAGUAUUUUUAGCAUGACAGUGCAAUAAACUACGAACCAAUGCACAAAUCUAUUAAAGAUGUACUUGAAGGUAAGUCUACUAGAUAAAUAGUAUUAGCCAGGGUCAUGCAAAAAGUGUUUUCUUUUUUUGUACCAAAUGGGCAGUGAAGAUGAUGAUGUUAAUUUAUGAAUUAUGUAGCAAUGCUGAAAGUGGAAUGAAAUAAGGGAUAUGUAUUUAUUUCAAGAGAAAAGAGGAAAAAAAAAUCCAGAAGAAAAAAAACAAAACAAAAACAUUUUUUGUAGCAUUGAUUAUUUAUCAUUGUCUUAAUGUAUUUAUGUGGAUUCUUGUAAAAUUUACUCUGCAUAACUUUGAAGAAUGAUUUAGGUCCAUUGUGACUACAUUUCCAACUAUCUCUUUUUUUUUUGGUCUGAAAUAGUUGAGAGAUUAGUUUUGAGCAGUUAUUACUGUGACUGUUGUUUGUAGUUUAUGUAAGGUUUCAUUGAGACAGCACAUUGUAAUUUAAUCAAACAAACAAAAUGUGGUAUUUUCACAAUGGGCAUUUGACAUUUUGGAAAGUUAUCAUUAUUAUCUUUUUUAAUUGUCUGGUAUCAUUUCAGCAGUACUUAGAAUAAAAGAUUUCUGACUUGUAGUGUAUCUAUAAAAAAAAAAAUGAAAUUACACACACAUCACAAGAUAGAUGCCACACCAUUGUACACAAGGCCUCCAUUGCACACACCAAUGUCUAUGUAGAUAUCAUGUGCUAGAUUAGAUACACAAUGAAUCAACAUCUCAGAACAUCCUUAAAGCUGU